AUGAGGCAUCUUAUUUUACAUGAAAUGUUGUCACUUAAAGUAAGUGACUCACUCCCAUAUGGUACAUUCGUACGAAUAGCAAACAAAUACGGUUACACACCAAGAACAAUUCGAAACAUAUGGAAACGUGCAAUUGAAACCAAAGAAGAAAACAAGCCUUAUGUUGUCGAUUCAAAGUACAAGAAUUGUGGAAGAAAAAGAGUUCAAGUGCCACCAAACGUACUUGAAUCAAAACCAAUGGGUGAACGUACAUGCAUAAGAGAUAUUGCAACAUGCUUAGACUUGGCACCAACAACGGUUUGGCGAUUGAUACGAAGGGGGGAGAUUAAGGCACAUUCAAAUCCAUUACACCCUUAUUUAACGGAUGCAAACAAGAUAAGAAGGGUUGAGUGGAUUUUAAGUCUCAUUCAAGAAGAUACAAUUCAUCUUCAUCCAAUGUAUAAAGGUAUGUAUGACUUCAUACAUAUUGAUGAAAAAUGGUUUUACUUAACCAAGAAGACACAAAGAGUUUAUAUAGCACACAAAGAAAAAAUUCCAUAUAGGGCGGGAAAGUCAUCAAAAUUCAUUCCAAAAGCUAUGUUUUUAGGGGCGGUUGCAAGGCCUAGAUGGAAUCGAUAUGGCCAAUGCUCAUUUGAUGGGAAAAUCGGAAUUUUCCCUUUCGUAAGUAGGGUUGCAGCACAAAGAAAUUCAAUUAACCGUCCAAGGGGGUCUAUAGAAAUUAAACCAACUGAUUCGAUUACUCAGGAAGUUUAUAGGAGCAUGCUCAUUGAACAAUUAAUUCCAGCAAUUCUAAGAAAAUGGCCAAGUGAUGGUCCAUCGAUAAUUUUCAUCCAACAAGAUAAUGCAAGGGUUCACAUAACAAAUGAUGAUCCAAUUUGGCAACGAAACAACAGGCAAGGGGGUUUUACAUUCAUUCUAACUCAACAACCACCAAAUAGUCCCGAUUGUAAUAUUCUAGAUUUGGGUUUUUUUAGGAGCAUACAAUCACUUAUGCAUAAGAAAAUGCCAAAGAACAUGAAUGAGUUAAUAAAAGCAGUGGAAGAAGCAUUCGAAGAGUUACAUCCAAAGACUUUAACCAAUGUUUGGAUUUCAUUACAACACAACUUAAAUGAAAUCCUAAAGGUUAAAGGGUCUAAUGACUAUGUUCAGCCACACCUAGGGAAGAAAGUUCAAGAAGACAAUGGAAGGUUACGAAUACAAGUGCGAGUACCAUCACAAUUGGUUAGGGAAUGUGUACGUUUCCUUAACCCAAGCACAAAUCAGCAAGGCACACAAACAGAAAAUGAAGAUGCCGCACAACUUAAUCAACAAAUACUUGAAGCAUAUGAUGAAGCAGUGGAAGAAUCUCAAAGAUGA